GGCGGUCAUGGUGGAGCUAAGCAUGAUCGUUGCUGUCGCGCGGGCCACAAACGGCAUCGGCAUCAAGGGCCAGCUGCCGUGGCGCCUCGCGGGCGACCUCAAGCGCUUUCGUGAGCUUACGACGUCGACGGCCGACGCAACCAAGCAGAACGCCGUCGUGAUGGGCCGCAAAACUUGGGAGUCGCUGCCACUUAAGCACCGCCCCCUGCCUGGGCGCGUCAACGUCGUGCUCUCGCGCAACCCCGCAGUCCGCGCAGCGCUCUCAGCGCAGACAGGAGUUCUUGCCGCCGGGAACCUUGACGAAGCUCUCGGCGCUCUCACUGGCGUCGAGCAUGUUUUCAUCAUCGGCGGCCAGAGUUUGUAUGAAGAAGCCGCACAGCACCCGCGCUGCACACGUGCGUACCUCACGCUAGUUGAUGGCGAGUACGAGUGCGAUGCGUUCUUCCCCAAGUCGCUUGCAUCGUGCGGCUUUGCUGAAACGUCGGUGUCGCCGGUUCAAAUUGAGAAGGACAUUUCGUUUCAGUACAUCCAGCUAGACCGCAAGCACGAGGAGCUGCAGUAUCUCGAGCUCAUUCAAAAGAUUCUCGACGAAGGUGUGCACAAGGGCGACCGCACAGGCACGGGCACGAUCUCGCUCUUUGGCGCACAGAUGCGCUUCAGUUUGCGCCACGACGUAUUUCCCUUACUGACAACGAAACGCGUCUUCUGGAAAGGUGUCGCUGAGGAGCUGCUUUGGUUCAUCAGCGGCGACACGAAUGCCAAGACCCUGCAGGACAAGGGCAUCAAGAUUUGGGACGGCAACGGCUCGCGCGAGUUCCUUGACAAGCUCGGUCUCACACACCGCGAAGCUGGUGAUCUUGGGCCUGUCUACGGCUUUCAGUGGCGCCACUUUGGUGCCAAGUACGUCGACAUGUACACCGACUACACGGGUCAAGGUGUCGAUCAGCUCGCGGACGUCAUCCACAAGAUCAAGCACUCACCGAACGACCGCCGGAUUCUCCUCUCGGCGUGGAACCCAUCGGACCUGGGGCUCAUGGCACUGCCGCCGUGUCACAUGUUUUGCCAGUUUUACGUCGCAAACGGUGAGCUUUCAUGCCAGAUGUACCAGCGAUCGGCUGACAUGGGUCUCGGCGUACCCUUUAAUAUUGCGAGCUACGCACUCUUGACGCGCAUGAUUGCGCAGGUGUGCGGCUUGAAAGCUGGUGACUUUAUCCACGUGAUUGGCGACGCACACGUGUACUCUAACCACGUCGAGCCGCUCCAAGAGCAAUUGAAGCGGACGCCCUCUCCGUUCCCGAUGCUCAAGAUUAACCCAGCCAAGAUGGACAUCGACAAGUUCACUUUCGAUGAUUUUACGAUUGAAGGCUACACACCCCAGAAGACGAUCAAGAUGGAGAUGGCCAUCUAGAGAAGCUGCCAGAAAACGGGGCCUGAAAUGACGCACUUUGAAAUCCUGCAGCACAUAGUCUUGAAUCCAUUGCACUGUAUGACCGUACUAUCA